AUGUCAAGAACAGGUGUGUUAGUCAUGGGCCCCGCCGGGGUGGGCAAAUCGACUUUUUGCAACUCAAUCAUCUCCCACAUGCAAACCAUUGGGCGCCGGGCUCAUAUAGUCAACUUGGACCCCGCGGCAGAGCCAACUGAGUUUGAAUUCACGAUAGAUAUUCGCGACUUGAUCUCACUUCAGGACGUGAUGGAGGAAAUGGACCUUGGUCCCAAUGGAGGGUUAAUCUAUUGUUUUGAGUUUUUGUUGAACAACCUCGAUUGGUUGGAUGAAGAGAUUGGCGAAUACAACGACGAGUAUCUAAUAUUCGACAUGCCAGGUCAAAUCGAACUAUAUACGCACAUCCCAGUUCUACCCACCAUCGUCCAGCAUCUCAAGACUAGCUUGCAUUUCAAUCUAUGUGCCACUUAUUUAUUAGAGUCCCCCUUUAUCAUAGACAGUUCAAAGUUUUUCAGCGGCACGCUAAGUGCCAUGUCCUCGAUGAUUCUAUUGGAAUUGCCCCAUUUGAACAUUCUUUCCAAGGUUGAUCUCAUCAAGGACGAAGUAUCGCAGCGGAAGCUCAAACAGUUUCUCAACCCUGACCCUUACUUGCUAGCAAAAGAAGAAGACGAAGUCAACCCAAAGUUCAAAAAAUUGACCAAGAGCAUAGCGAAUCUAAUCGACGACUUUGGCAUGGUUCAGUUCUUGCCCCUCGACUGCUCAAAGGACAGUAAAAGCGUUGCUACUAUUUUGAGCUAUAUAGACGACGUGACCCAAUGGAGCGAGGCGCAAGAACCAAGGGAACCGCAAGAUGAAAUAGAGAUCCCCGACGACGCAUUUUGA